UUUUUGCUUUGUGCUGCCAAUGCAUCCGUUUGAGCGACUGCUGGAUGGCGAGUUUGUGCACCCCGGCGUUGUGCUCACGGAUCUGCACCACCAAGGCAAGGGCAUGGCCUUAGUGACUGGAUCAUCUGCAUCCGACGGUGGCGCUGCUGCUGUGGUUGAGGACUGCAGAUCGGAGCACCCACUCCACGCGUUGUUUCACUCCACGCGACCAGAGCAACCAACGGCAUCGCCAGUCACUCUUGCGUUCGAGCUGCUGCCUGAUCAAGCGACUGCUGCAACGACGAACAAGCAGCCAUGUCUGCGCAAGGGCACGAUUCUGAUGAGAACGGUUGGCGUCGCUCCGGUCGGCGUCUACUUUGACGUGAAAUCGACAUUGAGCUCGUACGGCGCCGACGCGUCUGACACUGCGGAUGCAAUGGACGACGGUGACGAUGACGAUAACGACGAUGGCUCGGCAACGUCCGACACUCAAGACAAGUACUUGCUGCCUGGCCUCGUGGAAUACCUGGUGCCGCUCAUCCAGUCUCGCAUUGGAACGCGCCAAUUCAAGCUACAGAGCCGCACUGACGCCGACGCUGACGACGAGCUAUCUGACAGUCCGGAUGACAUUGAGCACGAGCAACCAGAUGAGAUGGUGGACGCUGAACCUCAAGAUUCUGCCGAAAGCUUGGAGAACGACUUUCUCUUCGUUCCUGGCUCGGUGCUCGAGUCGCGUAUCGCUCAGCUGUUCCCACGCACAGCCUUAGAUGUGCCCUCGGCGCUUCUGGACAAGCUCAAUGAAGCCAGUCAACACAUUCCGAUGAUUCUCGAGACCCAGCAUCGUCUUGAUCUGCCGUCUGAUGCAGACAGCCAGCUUUGCGCGGCUGGUUCUUCAUCAUCAUCAUCAUCAUCAUCAUCAUCAUCAUCAUCAUCAACAGCAGUGCCCUCCAAUUCCACCAAACAACAGCCCCUCUUUGAUGAAAACGGACUCAUUCUUAGCACCUUGGCACGCAUUCAGCUCAACUCGUUUGAUGUCGGAUUUUUUCCGUUGGCAGCGUUUUUCAAUCACGGCUGCCGACCAAACUGCUCGGGCUUUGUGGAAAUCACAGACCAAGGGACCUUCUUCUCGGUAGUUUUACUUGAGGACGUGUAUCUGGGCGACGAACUCGUCCUGUCAUAUCUUCCUCCGGAACUACUGUACAAGCCCCGUGAGCAGCGUCGCGCACACCUUUUGCAGAACUUUCAUUUUGAAUGCGGCUGCAGUCGAUGUCUUGCCGAUGAGCCGCAACUUCAGCGUGCUAGGGUGUGUCCUAGCUGCACCAUAACCUCACGUGGCUUGGCAGUGCAGUGCUCUUUGUGCGCGGAUCAACAACCAGCCGUGGACUCGAUUUUGGAGGAGGUGGAAUCCGUUCUGCAUGACUUUCGGGAUGUCGUCCCACCGUCGCCAGACGAUCUGCUCACAGCCGAAGAACUCGCCGAACAGUGCGACCCGCUUCUAGCGCUAUGGCAGCAGAUCGGAAGCACCGUGAACAUGCCAACGCACUGGCUCGUUCAUGAAUUGCUCGCGAUUUGCAGCAACUAUCUCUGGCCGACCUGUCUUGCACUAGCCCGAGAGCUUGUCGAGACCGAUGUUGAUGCUUCAUCCGCACAGGCGACACGGCUGCGCCAACUGCUCGCGCUGAAUUUGAUCGCUUGUCGAAUCGUUAGCACGAACUUUGCACGCGUUCUCUGUGCUCAUGAUUACCUCAUCAGCAACUGGGUGGAGCGCAUGCAUGAGACGUAUGUCGCGUUGAGCCAUUGGAUCAAUUUGAACGACGCCACCCACACAGACAUUGACCUCUCUGCCUACGCUUUCGUCGACCUUGCGCAUGCUGUCAUUCCUGCCACGUCCACCGAUGUGGACCGACUCGCCAAGCUAUCUAUGCAAUGUCUCCAGGAAUAUCGACGUGUUUCGCAGUGGCGAACACCAGUUUGAUGAGAGAAGUGGUCGUUGGUCCCAAUAAACAAUUCAUCGUUGA